AUGCGUAGGAAAACUUGGAAGAUAGCCAUUCUUUCCCCUCCAGCAAGGCAUAUCUUAUGUGAAAAGCAAGGCAAGAUCAAUGAAGCAUACAAGAAGCUGCAGGAUGGUUGGCUAAACAAUGGAGACAAAGUCCCGCCGGCUGAGUUUGCAAAAAUAGCAGCUGAGUGCUCUGAAUGCCCCUCAGGAAAGAAAGGUGGAGAUCUCGGAUGGUUUCCAAGGGGGGAAAUGGCCGGUCCUUUUCAGGAACUUGCAUGUAGUACACCGGUUGGAGCUACCAGUGAUUCAAAUCAACGUAUAUUUGCACACUUCUUGUUCUGAUAUUUCACAUCCAACCUUGUAUAUGUAUUGGUUUAUGCAGACCAACCUCAAUGUUGCAAGGCUCUCUUUACAUGGAGUCUAUAGAUUGACUUGUCCUUGCUGUCUGUCUAUCAAAGACACUGAUUGGAACUGGAUUUCCCAUCAAAGUCCGAUAUAUCAGAAAUCCAAUGGUCAAGACAUGUCACUGGUUAUUAAAUAUUAUGCUGAUGUUUAAUUUGUAACUUCUUGCUUUAACUAACACUCGUCAUAUGGAAAAGCACUGCAGGCAUGGAUACCAUAUUAUCCUGUGCGAAGGAAGGAAAAAUUAAUCAUAUCUUUGGUCAUGACCUUCAGAAGUUCUGUUCAGAAAUCACAAGAACAUAUGCUGAUGGAAAGCAGCAUGUCUUUUAUUCUCAAGACCUGGUAGAAAGAAAAGAUGAGGCUACAUAUUAAUGCUGUGUGGCUUUCUGGAGAGUUUUCUUGUUAAAUUAUAUGUAAUGUGCUUUCCGAUAAACCCUAUGUCUUGUUAGGUGCUGUGUAAAACAUGGUGACGUGUAGUCAGAAAUUCAUAUUUGAAUAUAUUCAGAGUGAUUCUGGUCAUGUUCAAAACAUUUGGCAGAUUUUAAGAUUAUUGUUCCGCAUCUCCAUGGAUCGACUACUGCAUCUCGGAGGAUAUAGGUAGCAUGGAGAAAGGUUGAUAAUUUUGUUUGGUAACAAAAUAUAAUUGAAGCUCUCACACCAGGUUUGGUUGCAUAGUUAGGCCAGCUUAAAGUGGGAAUCAAGUUUCACCGUCUCGAUGCCGGACCCCUUACCGGUGUCAUGCUGGUUCAGUAUCUCUUACACACAUUAUGGUGUCAGUGAGGAAUACCAAGUCUUGGUUCAGUAGCAGAACAGUACAGUAUGCCCAGGGUGGGUGGUACAUACCAAUACGGCGACUUUGAAUCACAAUAAUCCCCUCUUAGGCAGUCAGGCUCACUUGUCUUCUAAACUGUCUCCCCUCUACUCCCCUGCAUGUAGCAGACAUUGUAUGGCCAUUAUUUAUUUCAUGAGAUUGAGGUACGAUGAUCUGUGUUGGCUUAGUCAAGUUUCAACCUGAAAAUUUCUGGUUCAUUAAUAGUCGAAUGGAGUUGGUCUGAGAAUUAGCUCUCAUUCCUCUUUCUUUUUUUCACCUUGGUUUUGUACAAGAGAUAAGUAUAAUGCUGGAACAUCUCAGCUAUGCUAUGAGCAGAUAUCCAAUCGUUGCCCGCCUCUAGGACUAUAUUUUACAGAUUCAUAAGGUCAGCUAUGUCUGAUUUGGAUCCUGAAACUUGGAAAACUGUGAAGAAAAUGAUGUUUGACCAUCGACAGAAAUUCAGGGCCUCCCGACAAGCAACGAGAUGGAGAAGCAAGGAAUGCUCGAGAAAUUCAUGGCCCAGGUGAGUGAUCUUUUUUUGUCCUGGCCAGUGUUUCGCACGGUUCCUCCCGGGUCUCUAAACCAUGCCAUGAUUUGAAUUGUGCAGCAUCAAUAAAUCAAUAUAUAGACUUUUUAGGAGCCAAUAUAGAUUAAGGUGUCCAUGUUGUGCUGCUGUGCCUUGGCUUAGCCAAAAUGAAAAGCGUAGCCCUUGUGGGUGCAGUGAAAUAGUCUGAACAAUUUCUGAACAAUACUGUAUGUUUUUCUCUUUUUUUCCUUCUCAUCCUUCCUAGUUUUGACUUGCUAGUUUACAUGGUAAUUAUAUUUAGAAAGGUUUAUGCAGAUUCGAAGUUAUUCAUUCAUGCUUAUGCAGAUUUUUUCAGAAGAUUUGGGAUGUUCUGUGAUUUUGCCCGGAAGCACAAGCAUUUUUGUAUUAACAAAAUAUUCUAGCAUCUUCUGUUCUGAAGCUAUGGGUGCAUGCUGAGGAGAGUGGAUCCUCUGUUAUGUGAGACUGUUGUAUCUCAUAAUGCUGUACCACCAUGGAUAGCUCAUAGCUGCCAAGCCUGUCUCUCAUUCAUCAAGUGAAUAUGUGAUGAAGAAAAGCCGCCCGAGAUAGAUGAUGUGGAAGCUAUCCAUGGUGAUACAGUAACUUUACGGUGCAAAAAUCGCACUGUAGAAAAUUUUGGGUUGUUCGGAUUGGGCUGAUUAUCCUAAAUCCAGGGACUUUGUUUAAGUUGCUGUGAAGUCGGCCAUGGAUGGUGGGAGAUGGCGAUAGGUAGCAGCCAAAAUGUUUUCCGACCAAACGCAUGGAUUGCGAUCAUUCAGGACGCCAAAAAGGGCCCCCCCUGACCGACUGAGGGAGGAGGUCUUGCUAUUUGACCCGGCAUUCCCCUCCUUGGCAAGUUGGCUGAGAGAUCCACUUCCCUUCGCUGUCUUUUCUACGUAACCUUCAAAAACCGAGUGGGGCCUAAACGGCUCUCGUUCAUGUAUUACUUCAGCUUUUUGGCUCUCGAUGUGGGACAACUUCUCUCCACUAGUGCUAUCUUUAUGGAUCAGUCUCCAUCCACAUCCCAAGUUGGCUAGAGAGCACCAAAGCAUCCCUGGUUGGCAAGAAGAGAUCCGCAUCCUGCUGCAUUUACGUUUACUUUGUUUUGGUCUUUGAUGGUAGUACUUGGUUCCUACUCCAUCGUUCAUUCUUGACUAAUUAAUCUAUCCACUUUCAGAUGAUUAAUAUCAUGACCUCGCUCUUAAGGAGUCAAACAAGUGUUUUUUAAUGAGAAAGAUAAUUAAAACACACACUCUUUCUUUGAGACCUAGACUAAGUGCAUGAACUGUCUGGUUUGGG